ACGUCGCUUUCUGUGCUGCGAAUAUGUAUCGUUCCAAAUAUGUGAUCCUCGCGAUGUUCUGGUGGAUUCUCGCAGCGACUGGAAAUAUCGUUCGAAACGAGGAUAUUUGUGGACCUCACAAUGGUAGACGUCUGUACCUGGAACUGGGCGAGAGAGGCAUUCUCUAUGCGAAGAAUGUCACCUUCGACAGAGACUCGCCGAGGCAGUCGCAUCUCUACGCCACCAAUAGCAACAGCUCCCAUCAUCAAUGCAGUCUUGAACUAGUCACCUGUCCAUCCUGCAUGAUAGUCGUUACCUUCAAAAAUAUCGCGCUGUCUCAUCAUUGCGGCGAUGGAGGUGUCGUGAUGGAUAGUCCGUGCAGAUGCGACUAUGUGUGGCUCUCGGAACCACCCUACGAAGACGUUUCCGGCUCGCCGUUCUGCGGAUCGUACGCACCGAUUACAUAUAAAUCGAGCACGAGAACGCUUUCUAUAAACCUAUUCUAUAGCCAGUCUCACAAGUACGCGUUCACUAUCGAAUAUACAGCAGAAAGAAAUAGACUGCAUCUGAAAGGCACGGAAAUGACAUCGGGAGCGCCAACAAAAGGUUUGAACGGUACCGGCGGUGGUAUUCUGACCUCACCGUUUUUCCCGGCUCGAUAUCCUCGUGAUUUGGGCUUGGAGUAUAUUAUAACGUGUCCUAACGAGGCUCUUUCCUGUCGCAUCAGGUUACUGUUUAGCGACUUCCAAUUAGCGACAGUUUCCAUAAUGGAGUUUUACGACUGGAACGGACAACGUUUAGACGUGAGUAGCGGAGCGCGAUUUCGGCCGCCGGUUAUAGUGAGCUCCGGUCCUUCAUUGCUGAUAAGAUUUUACGCGAACGGCGGCGCCGGUCUUGGUUACAAAGCCUUUUAUUCUUUUGUGAUCGGCCAUACGUAUGACAAGUCUAUACAGCCGAUCACUGAUUGCGGCGGAUACGUGGAAAAUCUGGGCGGCGCUAUCACGAUGAUGAACAUGGUCGGUCAAGGGGUAAAAACGUACGAUUGUGUCUGGUUGAUCAGGCCACCCAAGAACUUUUUGCACAUGAAGUCACACAUAUAUCUGAAGGUGGUGGAUUUCGCCGACAUGGCCGGCAACACGGAGCUGAUCAUCAAACAGGGUCCGACCUCGGCUUUGAUGGCGUUAGAAGUGAUUCGACAUCCGGCGAAUCACUUGCAGCUACUCAGGUACAGAGAACACAUCGCACCGGUCACCAGCGGAUUCCACGUGAGUCUUCGUGGUACGUUCGGUCCAAGCUCGCACUUGGCGAUCGCUUACGCGACGUUCAGUUAUAUGGAUUGCUUUGCGGGCACUGAUUUUCUGUGCCAGAAUCAUAGAUGCAUCCCGAGUCAGUUAAAUUGCGACGGCUUCGAUCACUGCGGUGACAAUAGCGACGAGCCAGCAACGUGUUUCCAAGAUUGGGAGAUGCAGCCGCGGAAUCGCAAGUGGCACAUGAACAAAGCGAAUUAUUACUUUCCGAAAAUCGAUCGGUAUCCAGAUCUGAAAACGGCCACCCUGGUGUUUGUUGCCAGCAGCCUCGGUCUGAUUGUUCUGAUAUCUGCUUUUAUUAUACUGCUGUACAGAAUAGGAGCCAGAACAAGACAACAAAGAGAACUACAAUCUCGUUUGGAAACAAUCAGCGAGCUUCUAGUUUUUGAUAUUACAGACGGUGCACGGAUCGAUGAAAUAUCGAUGCCGGAUGAUCCACCCGGCUACGAAGCUCCACCAGGCUAUGAAGAGGUCGCAAAGCUCGUUUUGCAGAAAAAGAAAGCUCAAUGCAUGAAUCGUGAAUCUUGCAACAGAAGCUUUGCAAACCAGCACGACGAGGACGCGAAUUCUUCUACCUUCUUAGUAGUGGAUGGUGCGAGCAAUAAUCGCAGCAGACAAACGACCCCGGUAGUAACGGGAAACGAUCGACGCACGUUGCGGAUACCCGAGAGUCCACCGCCUCCGUAUAUCACGCCUCCGGAAACAAUAUCAAAAGCUUUGAACUUAGCUGGUUUAUCGGCAUCAAUGAGACAGAUUUGCCCUGUCCGUCGCACUUGGCUGCGUCGCAGCGCGCAAUAUCCUUUAUCCUCAUCUGACGUUCAUCCAUCUGUCGGAGGUCCAUUCUCGCGUGCGGACGCCGAAGAUACAUACCUGACUGAUUGCAUUCCUACAGACACGAAUUGGAUAUCCGAAAGCUCCCCGAAAGAUACUCAAGCUGUUCGAGAAACGGUCCAGGAAGAUACAGAAGCAUUGGAAGGGAAUAGCCAACACGUUUCGGAAGAGAAUUGCGACGAAGCCGCCAAACGAGCUGUUGACGAACCGGACGAGAAAAGCACCGGCUGCUCCUGCGAGGGUGCGUGCGGCUGCGCCAAUAAUAGUUCUAAUCCGCAAGAUCUGCCGAUCGACAGUUCAUCAAUCUCCGUAACACCGAUAAGCAUCGAUGAUCGCGAAGUGCCGCAGUCAGAUCGAACGGCGAUCGCAUCGUCUUCCACGGGAAAAACCGACGAAUACCAAGAAGAAGACUUUUCUGUCUCGAAAAAUGCCAUUGUCAAACUUUUUGAUUCCAAAUCAACGAAGCCAUCUCAUCACAGUGCCAACUCGACGGCAACGUCUUCGCCCUCCCAAACUUUGCGCCGCUCUUCCAGAGAGCCGUCCCAUGACAGUUGCGUCACCAAGAUCUCGACGAUCAGCGCGUGCAGUUAUGACAAACUGCAGGACGAAUUCGAAAUCGUGUCGGAGGUGGCUAGCAGUGUCGGAUGCACCACGAAUCCCAGUACGGCGGCCAACACACCGAGUAACGUGCCGAAGAAUAUUAUCGACAAACGUGGACGGUUCGGCAGUCAGCGAUAUUCCAGCUGCGACCUGGACAGCCUCUACGAGGGCAUUCAGAUACUCGAUUCGUACCUGGCGCGCAGGAGUCUCAAUAUCGGCCACGGAUCUCAGCAAUCGGUCACUGUGAUGUUAUUUGGCACUCCGGAGCAUGGCUCAACCCGCGAUCGAGUCGCAUCGUCGCAGCAAACCAGGAAAAAGAGAUGUAUGCACGCUCGCAUCUGGCACUCCAGCGAAGAUGCCUCAAUGAAUUAAUUCAUCCUCGAUCAAAGAAGUAGAAAGAUAAUAUAAUAUUGAAAUCUUUCUUUGAUGAAGAGAGAAUAAUGAUCGAGAGAAAAAAAAUAGAAUAUAAUUUUAUAAAUAUCAGAGUCUUCUCGAGAUUUUGAUUGCUUAUACGAAUAUAAUAAUAAAGAUUUCGAAAA